AUGAAUGAAAAAGAAACAACAUCACGAUUCAUAGUUGAACCACCUUCACCUCUAAAUCCUUAUCGAAGUAUCAUAGAAGAAAAUCCAGUUGUGGAACAUUUUACUAAGAGACGUCUUCGAAAACAUAUGCGCCAUGUUGGACUGAUACCAGAGCCACCUAAACAUGGAAAUACAGAAUCAAUUUCUUUAGAACAUGAUGAACAUCGGACUCACAAUUCAGAACCAGAACGAUAUAAACGAUUUAGACGAAAAUUCAUAGUAGCAAUGGCUGAUACUGUUGAAGAAGUUGACCGAGCACGACAAGCAGAAUUUCGAAAUCAAUUGGAAUUAUGGGAUAAAAUGUAUUCAAAUCGUAUUCAACGUAUUAAACAAUUGAUACGAGAAAACUUGCCCAAAAUGCCGGACGUACCGUCUAUAUCAAUCCCAAGAAUUCUGCCUGAUUUUGUUCCAAAACGAUCAACACGUCGUGCAGCAUCUGCAAAAGCAAGAAAUCUUCCUUCGAAUAUAUCUCCUCGUCAGUAUCCCAAUAGAGAACAUUCUAAUUCUGAUGAAGUUACUGAACGUUUGACUAAACUUGAAAACAUUUUUUCAACAUUCGAACGAGAAGAUUUUCACGAAUGUCGUAUGAAUGUUAAUCUGUUAAAGAUGAAUGUAGAAUUCUUAACAAACGAUAGGAAUAUAGUACACGAAGAAUUGAACAAAUUGAGAAAUGACAUUGAUGAAUUACAAACUGACUUGAACGAUAUUGUUAAAGAUCAAGACAUGUUAAAGAUAAUACAAACUGAGCAUGAUCAAAAAUUAUCUCAAUUAACUCUAUUAGUAACAACAUUUCAGAACCAAAUAAAAAAUAUUUCAAUAUCAUCAUCUGCUUCAGGCACAAAAAAUUAUGAUGAAGAUUUGAGUAGUAUACAAGACAAACAAGAACAAUUCGAUGCUUCACUGCAAACGAUCGUUAAAAAUAUGGAAAUACUUCAAACAUCAGUUAUUACAACAGACAACGGGAUUAAUCAACUCAGCGAUAAAAUAAUUGUACAACAGCAACAAAUUGAAAAUGUAAUCAAUGGUAAUUUGAAUGCGCUUGAACAAAAAAUGGCGACAUUACAGGAAGAACUUAAGAAGAUUAUUGAUGAAUCAGUAAAAAGAAUUAAAAGAGAAACAACAAUAUUAAACGACAAGGUUGAAAAUUUAGAAAGAGCUAUUGAUGGAAUGAAUUUACCUCAUACAAAGAAACUAAAUACUUUGCCUUUCGUAGAAAAACUCGCUCCGAUGGACUUAUUGGAAAUCAAUUGGUGCAAAUAUCAGGAAGAAAAUAAAACUGACUAA